AUGCCCUUCUACAGAGCUUUGCCUUUCUUCAAGACUUGGUCCUUUGCAGCAAAACAAAAAAUGAAGCAAAGCUUUCAGCUUGUUCCUCCUCCACAGCCAGGCAUCACAGGACACAGUCUGGCAGUCCAAGUACUCCCAGUAGGCCAUGGCCUCUUGCAUGGUCCCAGGUUUGUGGUUCGCAAGGUCAACAAUGCCUUUGUGGCGGAGGAACGCUAUUCCACAGACUACGUCACUCCAGAGCUGCAGCCAGCCCAGGAAAUUGCUUUGAUUUUCGCCAGCGAGGAGAAUGGCAACAUCGCCUGGGGUGUGGCGAUCCCACGGAGCUCCUGUGCCGCAGGAGAGAGGUAUCCAGUGGAAGACAUUAGCCGUUUCAUGCAUUGGGCCUUGGGAGACAGCCAUGAUUUCUACCACCACACUUCACGAGGCCAAUUCCACGCGAAUCUGAUUUCUGGUCCCACCACCAUGGAGGACUUUAGCAAUGCGCAGAAUAUCUCCUUUACGAUGCCCGAUGUGUCCGUGGUCAUGGGCGCAGGUGGUAAUGAUGAGAAGAAUCCAUACCUCUGCACCCUCUUCGACCUUUCCCAGAUGCUGCCGAGCAGCAUGAAUUUGGCCGACAAGCACCACGCGCGGCGGGCUGGAGGUGUCAGCUGGCAGAUUGAGGCUGCAAGUGGCUUCCAGCAUGGCCAGGUGGUCCCGGAGUGCGAGUCAAUGCCUCGUGGCUGUAACGCGCUGAAGUGGCCCUGGGCCGUUGGCAGCGAGUCGGUGGUAUUCCCACCACAGGCUGGCAUGCCAAUGGGCCAGGGUCAGAAGUGGUUUGCCCUGCAGAUGCAUUACUACAACCCUUCCUUGACCACUGGCAUCAAAGACAGCAGCGGUGUUCGGGUGACCUUCGCGACCCAACUGCGCACCUACGAUGCGGGCACCUUCCGCUUCAACGGCGGCACGGGCGACGACCAACGUGAUCCCAUUCCAGCCGGAGAAUCGGAGUACACCCUGCCAAAGGCCUAUGUCCCUUCAACCUGUACCAACAAAUGGACCGUGGAUGAAGUCACGGUGCUAGGUGUUGUCUACCACGCCCACCUGGUUGGAAAGAACCUGAACAUCGAUGUGGUGCGAGGUGGUGAACACGUAGGGCAGCUGCGACGGGAGAAGCGAUACGACUUUAGUCACCAGUCCUUGGAACCGUCCUCCGUGGGCAAGUUGAAGAAAGGCGAUGAAUUGAUUUUCAGCUGCACCUAUGACACCAGCAGUCGCACGAGUCCAACCACCUUUGGCGACUUCACCCAGACAGAGAUGUGUUGGUCCGCCUUUAUGUACUACCCAGCACAGAGGAUGAAUCGUGCCAUCUACUUUGGCUCCAAUAUGAUGUACUGUGAAGGGGCUGACUUGAGUCCGCAAUUCUUCUUUGAGCCUGUUGUGCCAGCCAGCACCUGCGUGCAGAGUGGGGAUUUGCGAUCCACCGCAGGGCAGCAGGCCCUGACAGCUAUGGGAGUGGACGUGUCAUCCAUUCAACCCCUCCCUGAAGUCACCUCUACUAGCGUCGGUCAAGACUCAUCCAUCUCCAACAACGUCCAGCCGGGGAGCCUCGCAGUCGCGUUGACUUUCGCAUUGGCAGUGCAGAUCGUUGCAUAG